AUGAUGUCAGGCGAACCCCUGCACGUGAAGACCCCCGUCCGUGACAGCAUGACCCUGUCCAAAGUGGCUGGCACCACCGUCUAUCUCAAGAUAGACAGUGCCCAGCCCUCCGGCUCCUUCAAAAUCCGGGGCAUCGGACACCUCUGCAAGACGUGGGCUGAGCGAGGCUGUGAACACUUUGUCUGUUCCUCGGCAGGCAACGCAGGCAUGGCAGCUGCCUACGCAGCCAGGAAGCUGGGCAUUCCCGCCACGAUCGUCGUGCCCAGCACCACGCCUGCCCUCACCAUCCAGCGGCUCAAGAAUGAGGGCGCCAUGGUCAAGGUGGUGGGUGAGACAUUGGAUGAGGCUGUCAAGGUGGCCAAGGCCCUGACGAAAAACAACUCAGGCUGGAUCUACGUCCCUCCCUUCGAUGACCCCCUCAUCUGGGAAGGCCACUCUUCUAUCGUGAAGGAGCUGAAGGAGACGAUGAGCACAAAGCCGGGGGCCAUCGUGCUGGCGGUGGGGGGUGGAGGGCUGUUAUGCGGAGUGGCCCAGGGGCUGGUGGAGGUGGGCUGGGGGGACGUGCCCAUCAUCACCAUGGAGACCAUCGGAGCCAACAGCUUCCACGCUUCCACCAAGGCCGGCAAACUUGUCACCCUUCCCCAGAUUACCAGUGUUGCCAAAGCCCUGGGCGUGACCACUGUGACAGCACAGGCUAUGAAGGUGUUUCAGGAACACCCCAUUUUCUCUGAAGUUGUCUCGGACCAGGAGGCUGUGGCCGCUGUUGAGAAGUUUGUGGAUGAGGAGAAAAUCCUGGUGGAGCCCGCCUGUGGGGCAGCCCUAGCCGCCAUCUACAGCAACGUGGUUCAGAAGCUGCAAGGAGAGGGGAAGCUCUGCACCCCACUGUCCUCCCUCGUGGUCAUCGUUUGUGGGGGCAGCAACAUUAGCCUGGCCCAGCUGCCAGCGCUCAAGAAACAGCUGGGCAUGAAGAGCAGGCUGCCCCAGUGA